AAUCCAGAACGCUUUCUUCAAACCCUCCCGCAGCACUUCUCGUUCCGGGAUCUCAACACGUGACUGAUAAGAGAUCCUCUCCAUGCAAUGUUGCUUUGAUGAAGCGCCUGGGCUAUUAGACCGCCGGCUCUUUAAGCGUGAAAGACUGCAGAGUCUCAGGCGAGCCGGCUCUUGGCGCAGCGAGAAUUCAACGUGAGUCCAUACGUGGGGACGAGACUUCAGAGCUGCAGAUCUGUACGCGCCAAUUGCCGCAUCAUCCCAGCGACGUCGCAGGGGGCGGUCGAUUACCCGGAACGGCCCUGUCCUGCCUUCCCCUUUUUUUAAGCGAAUGAUUGAAUGGAGCGCAUCUGUUUAGCUCCACUAGAAAAGAGGGAGGAGUGGGGCUCUGCCAGCCCACUUCUUUGGCUUAGCCUAUCUUAGUCUUGGUCCAAAGCAGGGUGGGCAGGGGGACGCUUCCAGAUGACCUCUUUUAAUCAAGUGCCACUACAGUUGCAAAAAUGGCCGUGCUAAGUUCGUUUCCGACUGAACUGGAGCGACUGCUGGAGAAAGAUCCCUACUUGACUCCUUUUGAGCAAGACUUCCAGCGCAGGUAUGGUUUAUUUCAUCGCAUAUUAAAGAAGAUUGAAGAAAACGAAGAAGGUCUCAACAAAUUCACAAAGAGUUACCAAACAUUUGGAAUCAACAGAUUCAUAGAUGGAGGAUUAUACUGUAAAGAAUGGGCUCCUGGUGCAGAAGCAGUGUUUCUCACUGGUGAUUUUAAUAAUUGGAAUUCAUUUUCCCAUCCAUAUAAGAAAAUGGAGUUUGGGAAAUGGGAAUUGUUCAUCCCACCUGGACCAGAUGGGUUUCGCCCUGUAUCUCAUGGAUCCAAACUGAAGUUGGUGAUAAGAACCAAAACUGGAGAGAUCCUUUAUCGCAUUUCUCCUUGGGCUAGAUACGUAGUUCGUGAGGGUACCAACGUGAAUUAUGAUUGGAUUCACUGGGAGCCAUCAACUCCAUAUAAAUGGAAACAUCCCAUUCCUAAGAAACCCAAAAGUGUAAGAAUCUAUGAAUCACAUGUGGGAAUUGCUUCCCCUGAAGGGAAAAUAGCUUCAUAUAAAAACUUUACAUACAAUGUGCUUCCAAAAAUCAAAGAUCUUGGAUAUAACUGUAUUCAGUUGAUGGCUGUGAUGGAACAUGCUUACUAUGCAAGUUUUGGUUAUCAGAUCACAAGUUUUUUUGCAGCAUCAAGUCGAUACGGCACUCCAGAUGACUUAAAGGAACUGAUUGAUGUUGCCCACUCAAUGGGAAUCACAGUUCUAUUAGAUGUUGUACACAGUCAUGCAUCAAAGAAUUCUGAAGAUGGCCUGAACAAUUUUGAUGGUACUGAUUCUGCAUUUUUCCAUUCUGGUCCUAGAGGAACACACGUUCUUUGGGAUAGCCGACUUUUUGACUAUGCAAACUGGGAAGUUCUGAGAUUUCUUCUCUCCAAUUUAAGAUGGUGGAAAGAAGAGUAUGCCUUUGAUGGGUUUCGAUUUGAUGGUGUAUCAUCUAUGCUAUAUCAUCAUCAUGGAAUUCGUGAAGGCUUUAGUGGAGAUUACAAUGAAUAUUUUGGUAUGCAUGUUGAUGAAGAUGCACUGGCCUACCUAAUGAUGGCAAACUACAUGGUACAUAUUUUGCAUCCAGAAUGUGUAACUAUAGCAGAGGAUGUGUCUGGAAUGCCAGCACUUUGUUGUCCAAUAAUUGAAGGAGGAUGUGGAUUUGAUUACCGGAUGGCCAUGGCAAUUCCUGACAAAUGGAUUCAGAUCAUUAAGGAGUGUAAGGAUGAGGACUGGGACAUGGGAAACAUUGUGUUUACUUUAACAAACAGGCGAUAUGGAGAGAAGUGCAUUGCCUACGCAGAGAGUCAUGAUCAGGCCCUUGUUGGUGAUAAGACUUUGGCUUUUUGGCUGAUGGAUGCAGAGAUGUAUAACUAUAUGAGUGUUCUGUCACCUUUCACAUCAGUUAUUGAUCGAGGAAUACAGCUUCAUAAAAUGAUACGACUCAUUACUCAUUCUCUUGGAGGAGAAGGCUAUCUCAAUUUCAUGGGUAAUGAAUUUGGACAUCCAGAAUGGUUAGACUUUCCUAGACAAGGCAAUAAUGAAAGCUACCACUAUGCAAGGAGACAGUUUAAUUUAGCUGAUGAUCAACUUCUUCGCUAUAGAUUCCUAAAUGUGUUUGACAGAGAUAUGAAUAAAUUGGAAGAAAAAUUCGGCUGGCUUGCAUCACUUCCGGCCUAUGUGAGUGAAAAGCAUGAAUUAAACAAAGUUAUUGCUUAUGAAAGGGCAAAUCUCCUAUUUAUAUUUAAUUUUCAUCCAUCUCAAAGUUACACCGAUUACCGAGUGGGUGUAGAAAAACCAGGAAAAUAUAAAAUUGCCUUGGAUUCUGAUGCUCCAGAGUAUGGAGGGCAUAAUAGACUGGAUCAUACUACAGAUUUUUUUUCUCAGCAGUAUUCACAUAAUCAUCGAUCCAAUUCUCUUUUGCAACCCAAUGCAUUGAAUGAAAGUGAUGGCCAAAGCCGAGGACACCAGCACACACACUACUUGAAGGUAUACAUUCCAAGCAGAGUGGCAAUAGUGUUUCAAAACAUGGAUAUUCAGAUGUAAAGGCUUGCAACUGGCUCCAUUACUUUGAAGGCCAAGUAAUAUUUGAUGAUAAUGGUAUCCAAAAUAUGGGGUUUUUUCUGCAUAAAGGUGUGGUCAUACUAAGAAAUUCAAAUGAGCAUUUAUUUAUUCAUAAUUACAAAUAUAUUAUAAAAUGUUUAUUCAAAGAGAUUAUAAUCAUGGAAGAAUAAUUGCAUUAUGAACUAUUUGUAUUAUAGAACUGGAUUUCAGAAACAGUUUGUUCUCACAUAAGGAUUGAAGUAAUGUUAACAAGGCAUGUUCAAAAAUUGAUUGCUGUAUUUUCAGAUGUUUUCUAAUCACAUGUGGGUGUAUUUUUCUCAUUAGCUCCCAUUUUGUAUUAGAAAUAAGUAGCCAUGUGAUGCCCUAAUAUUGGAUUCCAGAUCUAAAUUAUACUGUGUUUUCAUGGGAUACAUUAUUACAAGGAAAAUAGGUUUGUUUGUCUAAAAACUAAUAAACCAUUUUCAUGGAAGGACCCCACAAUAAAGGAAUCUCGUUGAUACCCUGUUUUCCCCAAAAUAAGACAUCCCCUGAUAAUAAGCCCAAUCAGGCUUUUGAGCGCAUGGCAAUAAAGCCAAGCACUUAUUUUAGGGUUCAAAAAUAUAUAAGACAGGGUCUUAUUUUCAGGGAAACACAGUAGUAUGAGCUCAUAAAUUUGGGUCUGUCAAAAUAUAAAACUAUGGAGUGUCUUUCAGUAUUUUCCUAUUUUUUUUAAAAAACUGUUACAAAAUAAAGAUAUUAAUUUAUGAAUUCUAUCUAGAGUGUUAGCACUCAUUCAUUAUUUAUUGGCCAAGUGUGAUUGGACACACAAGGAAUUUGUUUCCGGUGCAUAAGCUCUCAGUGUACAUACAAGCAACAAGUGAUAAAUCAUGAUCAUAUAAUAAAAUGCAAUCAUUACAAAUCAUAAGAUACAAACUCAAUGAUAGGCAUACUAAAUAAGCAAACAACAUAAAUCAUAAUAGGAUGCUAAAUAAAGGCAAUUGACAUAAAUCAUGAGACACAAACGAAGAUUAUAAACAAGCAACAAAAUUAUAGUCAUAAGACACUAAGGAAAUAGGUAAUAGGAAAGAUGAAAAGAUUAGAAGGAUAAUAGGAAAUACAGCCCUACUAGGUGGUUUGACAUCCUAGGCAUAAACAGCAUUGUCGGAAUUAGUUGUUUAGCAGAGUGAUAGCAUGGUGAGGAGGGGGGGGCAAACUAUAUUUUUGUCUGGUUGAUUUGGCAUAUAAUGCCCUUUAGUGUCAUCUUGAGCGAAAAAGUUGAAGCAGUUUAUGUGUAGGAUGUGAGGGGUCUGUAGAUAUUUUCACAGUCCUCUUUCUGGCUCAUGCAGUAUACAGGUCUUCAAUGGAAGGCAGGCUGGUUGCAAUUAUUUUUUCUGCAGUCCUAACUUUCUGUUGAAGUCUGUCUGUCUAGUUUGGUUGCUGUGCCAAACAGACACUUAUACAGGUACAAAAGAAAAACAUUUAACUUUUAACUCAGUAAACAUUUAAAAAGAAACCAUAUUCACUUUCCUAAAUUUUUUUACCACGUAGACAUUUUAAAAAGUCCUAGCAGUUUCAAUGUAUUUUCAAUGAAGUUAAUUCAUGUACAUUUGUGUUAAAGCUUGGCACUGACAUUGAGGCAUCUGCAUCAUCAGUUUAGUUAUAUUGCUGACUAGUUAUGACUUAACAUCUUUUGAAACCAAACUAGGUCAGUUAUCAGUGAACCAUGAUAGAGAAUUCUUUUUAUCAAAUUAAAAAAUGUAUUUAAUAAGUUACAGUAUCUUUAAAAAAAUUAAUACCAGUAGCAGGUAUAAAGGAAUUGAAUUCUGAAUUUCCAGAACUGUAAAAAUAUAUUGUAUUAAAAGUUAUUUCAAUUUUGUUUUACAGUCAAUUUUGAUAUGUAAUUAUCAAAAAUAUUCAGGACAGUAUUUGUGAGUUAUUAUUUUGCUUUUUUUGUCAAGACCAUAUCACCAGUACCUUACUAACUUUUUCUUUAUGAUAGCUCUCUAGAUCAAGCUUCUUAGUAUCAUGUCUAGUUGGCAUGCUCCACUUCAAAACUAUCUGGAAACAUUUUAAUGCAUCUCCAAACCAUUCAUUUUAGAAAUAAGUGAGCAAUAAAAAUUGCAGAAUUUAUUCCCACCAACCCUAAAAGCUAGGUAAUAUUCAUGCAAAAAUAAACAGUUUCAUUAUCCUGCCCAUAUAUUUACACAAACACCAUCAGAUGAAAAUAGGUGAAAAGUUUGGGAUAAACAUUUCAUAAGCCUAGUGAAUAAAAUUUCACCUAUUAACAAUGUUACUGGAAUACAGUGGUUCAGUAUAUAUAAAUGCUAUAGCACCUGAUGUAUUUAAUUCUCUGAAAAUAAUAAAUUAUAAAGUUUAGGUUAAUUACCUGUUCAACAGUUUCUGAAUGAAUAUUUAGAUAGUUAUAUAAAAGUUAUAAAAUUGAGAUAAAUCUUUCAACCAAAAGAUAUAAUAAACAGUCCCAUAAACACAGGUGCACUUUCAUUAAAUUUACACAUUACAUGUAAUAUAAUAAAGAUGUUAUUGUUUCUAGAUUUGUAUAUGUGGUGUAAGGAUAUUGUCCAGAUCAAACUUUUGUGUAAGAAAAUAGUAUGUGUAAUGAGAUGUUAUAAAUGAUGUGCAAAUAAAGAAAUGUAAAAUUGGUGUUUGUA